GCGUGUACUACUAUGUGUAUAAUAUUUUGGUAUUGGUGUGUGCAGUCCUAGGCUACACACAUUUAUGGAAGCCACAUCCCCAUUUUCAAAAGCGAUUAGUAGGGUUAACUUGUGAUAAGUUGUCAUUUGUUGUGUUAUAAAUUUUGUCUAUUUAGGCUUAGUUCACCUAUGGUGUCUAUGUGUUAAAUUUUUUAAAAGCUGGGCAACAUAGAUCAAAAAUCUAAGUAAUAAAAUGAUGUUUAGUUCUGUGUGUCAAUGUGACAUUAUCCUUUUUUGAUUUUUUUCAGAAGACUCAUCAACAGCUCUUUUCUUUUGCUUUAUUGUCUACUACUUAUCAGAGCCGCUUUUCAGAAAAUGCCGGGCUGCAUUGUCAACGGUUGCAAGUCAAGGAGCGUAAAAGGCGACCAUAAUAUCAUCAUGCAUUCCUUCCCAAGAGAGAGGGAUCGUAUCAUGGCAUGGCUAUUGGCUACAGAUCAAGAGUUUCCCAAAAUUGAUGAACUGGUUGACCACAUUCAUCUCUCUAAAACGAACAAUUAUCGGCUCUGCUCAGCCCAUUUUAAAACUACUGACUAUACCUUUAAUCCAAAUACAGGAAAACAGAGGCUCACCCCCUUUGCCGUUCCUAGUAUUUUCCCUACACGGGAUAUACAAGUUCAAGCUGCCGAGGCAGUUGAGGCUGAAAUCCUGAAUCCUCAAAAGAGGAAAAGAUUGGAUGAAGACGUAGCUUCAACCAAUGGUUUAAAGCCAGGGGAAAUGUGCCCAACCUGCCGAAAUAUUGUACCUCAUGUUAACCCAACUGAAACGGAGCCACAAGCCUCAGAGAUAACGAAAAAGGAAGCAGCAACUAUAUUUGACAGGAAUUGGGGAACCGGAAAUCAGUGUAUACAAGUAAAACCUACAACUUUCUCUAUAAAAAUACAAUGCAGAAGACUGGUUAAAAAAAAAAUCUUGAGAAAAAAAAAAUCAAGACAAAGCUUGGUAUUUGGAAACCUGCCUUCGGAGCCAUUGCAAGGUGCCAGUGUAAUAUUUUCGACUCCGAAAAAAAAUAUAGGACCAACUGGAUCAGCAACUCUUAACAGUGUACCUGAGUUUCAAGAAAGUUGUAGAGCUAGACACGAACUACUACCUGCCACGCUUUUAUCCGAAUUGACAAUUUCACCUAUACAACCUAUUGAAGACCCUGAAGUCACUGUUAUUGUGGAGGAAUCUACUCUGCAUGCCCCUAUAUCUGUUUUAGAAGUAGAUAAAAGUUUAUCAACAAUCACAACUCCAGUCUCAACAAAUGAAAGUAGUUCAAGUGAUGAUGAGGGAGACUCAGUUCAUUCAGAUGAUGAAGACUACGAAGAAGAGGACAGUCAGCAUGUGCUGAGUGAAAAAUUUGUAAAUGUAAAUGUACCACAUCAUGAAGAAAGAAAAUUCAUAGUUUAUGAAAGCUGUUUGGACACAUUACUAUACAAGAUGCCUUGUACCUCUAAUCCACCCUGCAACAAAAAAAUACUAAGAGUGUAUAAAAAAACAAAGGGAUCAUAUAUUUCAGUCUUUGCUGAAUGCGAGGCCAAACAUUUAAAACGCAUAUGGCAGAGCCAGCCCCGAGUGGGAAAGAAACCAUUUGGAAAUUUACAGUUAGCUACUGCUAUCAUUACUAGUGGAAACACUUACAUCAAAAUCCAACAGUUCCUAAAAAUAUUUAAUAUUUUGGAAAUUAGCCAGGCUACUUACUACCGUAUCCAAAAAAUAUAUAUAUUUCCUGCAAUUGAAAAUUCUUGGACAAUUAAUCAAAAAUUAGAAAUGGAAAAAAUAUCACAACAUGCAGUAUGUGUUGCUGGAGAUGGACAAUGUGAUUCACCCGGGCACAGUGCAAAAUAUUGCAUAUACACAUUGAUGGAUGUAGAAACUAACAAAAUAUUGAAUUUCAACAUUCAACAAAUCGGUAUUGGUUUAUCCUCUGUUGCCCUUGAAAAAACAGCGUGCAAGAAUGCCUUGGAAUUUCUACUGCAAAAUAAAGUGGACAUAGACAUCAUUUGCACUGACCGGCACGUAUCCAUCAGAAAAAUGCUGCGUGAGGAAUAUAAAACAAUUGGUCACCAGUUUGAUGUCUGGCACUUAGCUAAAUCUAUUGGAAAAAAGCUACUUGCCGUCAGCAAAAAAAAAACUAAAAACUGCCAAGAUUUUGCAGAAUGGAUAGGACCAAUUAAAAAUCAUUUAUGGUGGAGUUCUAAUACUUGUGAAUGCAAUCCAGAUGAACUUGUAAACAGAUGGAACUCUGUCUUGUACCAUGUCACCAACGUUCAUUUUUGGAAGGAUGAUAAUGGUCAGGAAUCAUCUUGUCAUCAUGACCAACUCCCUGAGGACAUUCAGUCCACCCGAAAAUGGUUAAAAAAACAAAGUGCCUGUUAUGUUGAACUUGGAAAAAUUGUCAUGGAUACAAGACUACAAAAAGACCUUAGACAUCUUAGCAACUUUUGUCACACUGGAGAUCUGGAAGUGUUUCAUAGUUCACUAACAAAAUACAGGCCUAAAAGACUUCCUUUUAGUACAGACGGGGUGUAUGCUCGAACACAGCUUGCUGCUCUUGACCAUAAUUAUAAUGUGAAUAGAGUGCAAGCAGUUGUUACAAGAGAGACUGAAACUAGCGGACCUUUAGGCACACCGAGGUACAAUCUUGCCUAUUCAAAAGCCCGGAAAGAGUGGUUUGUACGAUCAGUGUAUGAGCCAACCACUCAGGAAUUUGUCUCGAAAAUCAUGCAGGAUGUAAUGGGACUUGCCGAUGGAAACAUUUCCAUAGACUGGACCUCUUGCCGGUCAACAAUGCCUUCUAAUAUAGCACCAAUUGAAAAACCAGACAAACAAUCAAUGGUUGAAAAACACCACUCAAGAUUUUAA